GCUAGACACGUGACGAAUUUUGAAGAGUUUGUUCUCGAAUUUGACAUAGCCGGCGACCGUGACCGCACUCUGGAUCGGGUUUACCUUGAACGCAAAUAAAACAAGCAAGUCGCUUGAAUCCGAGCAUACAGUGUUGAACCAAGCCGUUGUAAUCACCACGCAACAAGGUUAAUUCUUCUCUAAUAUCUAGUGUUCCAUCGAAAGGUCUGGGUCAGCGGUGUUGAAACACAGCUUAGCGGUAGUUAGGUCAGAAACGGGUCCUUGGGGCGGUGGUCAAGAUAUUAUAAUAGACGUUCAUCGGUCAACGAUCGCCAGUUGACCAAUAGACUGACCACAGUUGACACACAAGGAGUAAAUACGAUCAAAAUCGAACUAAGAGAGUGUCUGUUUCAGAUUUAAAACGUGCAUUUGAACGGGGUUUAACAUUAUACGAGUUAUAUUGGGGUUUGAAACACUCCGCAGUGCAAUUAUGGAAACAAAGAGGCUGCUAUCUCCGACAAGAUUAACAAGACACACCGAUGCUGCUCGUGAACGGAGCGUAAGCCCUUCGUCGUCCGGUCACAUAUCACCGCCAACAAAGUCUGAAGCACUUAAUGGCAUAAGUUCAAGUGAUACAGUUUCACGGUUUAAUUUUGGACCUCUACACAGACGACCAACUCCGAUUCCUGUCAAACCGUUAGAUUUAAGUAAUUUUACGCGAAUGGGCACCUCUGCUGUGUCGUCAACAACACCUUUUAAAAUUUAUCCUUAUUCUCAUAUGUCUGCGGGAUCGGCGACUCCUACUUACAAUUUUUCACAAUUAGAUCAUUCAUUGCAUCAUCCGUCAUCCGCUUCCUAUCCGUCUAGUUAUCCGCCUGCAGUAUAUCCGUACGCACUUUCUUCCGAUGCACCUUUAACUUACAAUAGUCUGAGGUUGUCUGCGCUGUUGGUUUCCCGUAAACGAUCGCGACAAACUUCAGGAUUAGGAGGCGAAGGAAAGGCAACGUCGGUAUGUAGCGAUGAGGAGGGAGAUACAAAAAAGAAUAACCCAGUUCCAAUUAAAAAGUCUAAGGGUAUCCCGGAUGAAAAGAAAGAUGACAUGUAUUGGGAGAGGAGGAGGAAAAACAACGAUGCAGCGAAGCGCUCAAGGGAUACUCGACGAGCGAAAGAAGAAGAAAUAGCGAUUCGUGCAAUGUGUCUCGAACAAGAGAACUGGAAAUUGAGAACCGAAGUAUGUUGUUUAAAAACCGAAAUAGCAAGGCUGCAUUCUGUAUAUAAUCACUAUUAAGAAAUUCGAAUAUAAAGUACUGUAAAGGAAAUUUAAUUAUAAAUACUAACUGCAGAGGGCGCUUUUUGCUGCUUUUUCGAUGAGGGAGAAGAUGAGAUGAUGUAUCAACAUAAUUAUGCCGCAACGUUCCUUCUUUUUUCCGUGCAUUAUUUAACCUCAGGGACAAUUAUCGACGAUGUUUAUAUGUUUCACUAGUUGUAAUUAUAAUUGUACAUAUAUCUACAACGGACACUUGAAACAACAGAAACGAUGCCUAUGUGUUUUAAUAAGUUUAAAUUAAGAACAUUUGUGAUAUAUCAUCUCAUAUUUAGGUAAUGGGAAACUGUGAUUACAGAUUAUUUUUAGUUUUUUCACAAUAUGCCAAUUCAUGAAUACUGUAAUCCUAAAUAUGAAAACUUUAUGUGCCAAACUGAAAGUGAUUCGUUGAUUUGUCUAAUAAGAAUAAUUUUUUUAAAUGCUGACAUUUAUAGAAGUAAAUUAUUAUUAAGGUUAAGGUUACUUUUUUAAAUUUUCAAUCGUGCAUUUUUGUAUUUGUUAUAACCCAAAAAAAAACAUUUGCUGCAUGCAAAUCUAAGAAAAAUCUUGCAUUCCUGACCGCAAUUACUAAAAAGUAAGUAGUAAUGGAUUUUUGGGGUUGGGAGGACUUAGGGGUAGGAUGGAAAACAGUGACUGUCAACCUUUAAAGCUCAAUACUAAAUUAGAUUCCAAUAAUUCAAUGAUGGUCCCUCUCCCCGCGUUUUGCUGGAUCCGAUUCGGACUAGGAAUUGUUGUGUUAUUCAAUGGUUAAAUAAAUACGGGUUUAACUGUGAAAUAUUGCUACAACAAAUGCUGUAUGGCAAAUCUAAUAAACCUUUACACUAAGCCCUGUACGUUGGAUAUUGUUUCCAAGGUUACACAAAAAACAAAGCGCAAAUGUGUCUUUUUGGGACAUGCGCGCAUUCCUCCGUGUUCUGAUUGGUCAGUUAUGUUUGAUUGAGACUCCGGAUAGGUCUAUUGUUAGAUUGUUGCGCACAAUAAAUGUUUAUUCUAUUCAAUCAAUUAUUAACGCUAUCUAUAAUUUAGUCAAUGAUUUUACAAUGCCAUUUGUUGCCAAUUUCGUAGCUGAAAUAAAAAAUAAUUCAAUUAGAUUUAUUGAAAAGCUUUUUUAAUUUAAGAAAUGAAUUCAAAUAAUUAAUUGUAAACCCUUAAAAGGGAAAGUAUUUUAUUAAAAAUAUGGAAUAAACCUUACGCCGGGCAUAUUGUAUUCAGGGUUAUGUCUGUCAAACAGAGGCAGACUUUGAUCGAUAGUGUUUAUUUUUCAUCCUAUUUUAUAAAGACAUGUAAAGAGUUCUGUAUUAGCUGCGUGGCCCAAUGUCUUAUUGAGCUCGUUACAGGCCUUCUAUCUUAUACGUUGUGUAAAUUUGCAAUUUGAUUUAUGUCUUGAAUAAAGUACUGUAUUGGAAUACAACUACUUUUCCAGACAUAUCUGAUUUUAAAAAAUGAUCUUCAAUGGAUCUUUCUUCUAAGCCCUGCCCAUUGGAUAUUGUUGCUAUUAGUCUUACAUACGCGAACACGUGCGUUUGUUGGACACGCACGUGUUCCUGGCCCUUUCCUGAUUUGUCAGUGAUUAAGUUGGAAACCAUGCAAUGCUCUAUCUAUACUUCACCAAUCUGAUCAAACAUUUCUGUUGCGUCUGGUAGACACUAUUUUAAUCAUUUUGCCCGGCUUUUAAGCCCUAUUCUACGUGUAAUUUGUCCAUAAUAUAUGGGCAAGUAUGACAUCAUGUCAUAUAUGGAUGUAAUUUGACAGCCUGUCCAUAUAUGGGUAAUUUACACUAAUUUGUUUGAAUAGAGCUUAAAGCUCUGUACAAACUAUCAAAUUUCUUUGACAAAUAAACUAUUAUAAGCCCAUAUUUAGUCAUGAUGUGCCUAUAUAUGGUCAUGAUGUGCCUAUAUAUGGCCAUGAUGUGAUGUCAUCACGACAUAUUAAGGCAUGUCAAACAAAUUUGAUAGUCUGCACAGGGCUAACGAUUUAUGCUGCAUGAAUAUAGAUUGACAUUACAAUAUUUAUUAUUUCUGUCCAUAAUUAUGUUUAAAUUAAAAUAAGCCAUUAAUUCUUCAACUUGUUUUUCAAGAUAAGAAAUAUGGAGUUCCACCUUUGUUUUGUAUUUAUAAAUUAAUCUGUAAGAUUUAUACAAUGCAAUAUAUUAGAAAACGAUUUCACGAUGUUUUUGCAUAAGUAAUCAUGGUACUGUGUUGAAUGAAUUUGUUAAAAAUAUUAUUUUAAUUUCUCAAAUGAAAUAAAACGAAUGGUAAAGUGUA